AUGAAGUUCCUCUCCACUCUUUUGCUUACCAUUGCUGCCAUGAUUGCUUUUGCUGCGGCAGACAACACUCCUAUCGAAGGUGAAACCACCGACCUCCUCGCCAACGAGGACAGAGCUAGUGGAAACCUUCGCAAACUGGAUAGCUCCAGCCACAUGUCGUCUUCUUCCAAGAAGUCCGGAAAGGGCUCCUCCUCUGGAAAGGGCUCCUCCUCCGGCAAAGGAGGCAGCAGCAGCAGCAAGAAGUCUUCUUCGUCCAGACGUGAGUUGGGCUCCUCCUCCUCCUCUUCCGGCAAGGGCUCCUCCUCUGGAAAGGGCUCCUCCUCCGGAAAAGGAGGCAGCAGCAGCAGCAGCAAGAAGUCUUCUUCGUCCAGACGUGAGUUGGGCUCCUCCUCCUCUUCCUCCGGCAAGGGCUCCUCCUCUGGAAAGGGCUCCUCCUCCGGAAAAGGAGGCAGCAGCAGCAGCAAGAAGUCCUCUUCCUCCAGACGUGAGUUGUACUCCUCCUCCGACUCUUACUCUUCCAAGAAGUCCGGCUCCUCCUCCGGCGGCAGCAGCAGCAGCAAGAAGUCUUCCUCCUCCAGACGUGAUUAG